CUAAAUAGCUUUUAAGUAAACUAAAGGCCAUUACCUAAACAUUGUGCUCUGUCACAGAGCCUCUGUGUUCAGAUUUAAGAAGAAGAAGAAGAAAAAAGCUCAUAACCUAAAAUCAGAUAUCUGAAUUUUGUUUAUAUUUCACGUUGUGAUUCUUGCAUUAUUAUAGUUAUAGUUAGGUGCUGUGAUUGUGUUAUUAUAUUUACAAAAAAUGGCUGAUAAUACUAUUACAUUAUCUUCAGAUGAUGAAUGUGAGAGUGCACCAAAGAAAAUAAAGCCAACGCCUGUAAUCGAUUCCGCAGUGAUAGAAUUAUCAGAUAAUGAAGAUUCAGAAAAGGAGACCAGCAAAAAUAAUGUAUGUGAUACAGUGAAUUUAGAAGAUGAUGAUUCAAAAGAAAACAAAGAUACCAACGAUGCAAAAGAAAAUAAUAGCCCAUCACCUGAAGAAGACAAGCCCACACAAAGUGCAUCUGAGGAACAAAGCACUUGCUCAUCAUUGUCUAGCCUAGAGGAUCAUCAAGGGUUAAAUGAAUUUUUAACCACCUGUCAAGAAGUCACAGCUGGAACACAGUACGAUUUACAAUUUAAAUUUACCAAUAUGAAAAAACUGUUCGUCAAAUGCGGCCGGGAUCACGCCAGCACCGACAACUUUAAAAGAAAGUUAUCUGAAUGGACAAAAAGAGCUUCUGGAUGUUCCAUGGAAGCUGCUUGCGUUUUUCAUGAAUUUUAUUGUUAUUUAAAGAGCAUGAGUAAUACAGGGUACGAGGUGGAAUCUGAAGAACAAAGGGCCAGAUUGAAAAAACUAGAAAUAACCAUAAAAGCUUUGCAGAAGAAGAUUAAGGAGUUCGAGGAGCAGGAAGUCGAUUUUGAAGAAGAGGAGAAUUCCAGUUUUAUGAAGCUCGAUCUCUAUACAGUUAGACUGAAUAAAGUUUACAAAAAAUAUUGUGAAUUGCUAAAAAAGAAUCCAUAUUCAGGAAGAAAGACUUAUGAAAGGUUGGGGUUUGUUCAAUCGGAGUUCGUCGUAGUUAACCAGGCUAUAAACAAGAAAUACAAAAACAGUCUAAAGUUUCCAACAUACAUUGAAGUAGAAAACAUAAUAAAAAAAUGCGUGAAAGAAAAUGGUUUGGCUCUAAGUGAGGGCAAAAUAAAAACUGAAAGCGAAUCUGUGUUUAAGAAUUUGGGUGAUAUUCUUCAGACAAGACGUAGGAAAGAACUUUAUGAAUGUCACAGUUUGUAUAUAGAGAAUGUAGAUGAUCCAGCAAAAGAAAGUAACGAUUUAGACCAGAUGUUAAAGAAAAACAAAAAAAUAGCUGCUGAAAAAAUUGAUGAAGUAGUUCAGAGUUUUGUUGAGAAAGAAAACAUAGCAAAAACAAAGGAAGAAGAAACAAAAGAUGAAUCUGAAGAUUCGGAUAAUUCAAAUUACCAAGACAGCGAAGAAGAGUUGGAAACUGUGCCAAUUACAGACUAAUAAUAAUAAUUGUUUUAUUUAUUUAUGCUUGUAUUUUAUUAAUUGAUUAAUGGUUUUAUGAAUUUAUUAUACCAAAUAAAACAAUAUUUUUAGAAAAUGAG